AUGAACUCCUUCCGUUUUGCUCGCUCUGCCCUCCGGGCCCGCCCCUCCGUCUUCAGCAUGCCUGUCCAGCGCAGAGGCUACGCUGAGGCCGUGUCGGACAAGAUCAAGCUUUCUCUGACCCUCCCUCACCAGACCAUCUUCAACUCGACCGGCGUUGUCCAGGUCAAUAUCCCCGCCGAGUCUGGUGAGAUGGGUGUCCUCGCCAACCACGUUCCCUCCAUUGAGCAGCUCAAGCCCGGUCUCGUUGAGGUUAUGGAGGAGGGCGGCGCCAGCAAGAAGUUCUUCCUCUCCGGUGGUUUCGCCGUUGUCCAGCCUGACUCUCAGUUGAGCAUCAACGCCGUCGAGGGUUACCCUCUUGAGCAGUUCAGCGCUGACGCUGUCCGCGCUCAGGUUGCUGAGGCGCAGAAGGUUGCCGGCGGUAACGGCAGCGAGCAGGACAUUGCUGAGGCCAAGAUUGAGCUUGAGGUUCUGGAGACCCUGCAGUCUCUCCUGAAAUAG